AGCCUCUCCGGGCAGGGGCCGAGAGACGCCGGCCAGCCGUACCUGUCGCGCCCUUUCCUUUGGCUCCCACCCAGCCGCUUGAGCCGCUUUCCUCAGCCCCGCGGGCUUAGAGCUACUUCUGCCCGCCACAGGUUCGAGCGGCGCCAGGGGCCUCCAGCGGCCGCAUCCCGGACGCGAAGUGGGAAAGGGGAAGGUGGCGGUGUAGCGGCGGCUACCUGGGCCACGGCCGGCCUAGCGAGCCGGAGCGAGCGGCGACUGGCAGCGGGCGAGCGAGCGUGCUCUAGGCAGGGCAGGCUGAGGGGAAGGCGGGUUCUGUUCUUGGAUGCCGAGGGUGCAUCUCGCGGGUCCCCUUCCCUGAAGCCGCAGAGCUAGAGACGGCGGGGCAUGAAUCUGGCGCAGACCGAGGGCCAGGAGGAGGAGGACGGCGGCGGCGGAGGAGAGGAAGACGGCAUGGAACCGCCACCGGACAAAGCCGGAGCCGCGGAGCGCGGAAUGGAAGCCGCCCCGGACCCCGCGCUACUUCGGUGCCUGGUAGAAGAAGAGGAGAAAGACGCCGGUGGCAGCUGUGGCCACCGCGCCUGGGAGCGGAACCUGAACCCCGAACUUCAGCAGGCUUAUCGGAUCCUGAGCGAAUUUUUGCUGGAGAAGCACCGGCCCCUGACAGCGCCUUUCCUGAGACCCUUCGAGGGCCAAGGAGCUGAGGACAGGCUGUGCGAAGUCCCCUCUUCUUCCUCCCACGAAAGUAGCGGGCAUCAGCCUUCCCGGGAACCUCAGCAGCUGACGGGGAUGUGGUUGCUGAAAAUGCAGGAGAAGUUUUCUAGCGGGCAAUAUACAGGGAUCGCGGAUUUUGUGGCCGAUUUCCGGUUGAUGCUGGAGACCUGCUACCGGUUGCACGGGGUGGAUCACUGGCUCUCCAAGCAGGCCCAAAAGUUGGAGAUGAUGCUGGAGCAAAAGUUGGCACUGCUCUCUCGGCAUUUGAGAGAGAAGACAGCAAUAGCAGUAACAUCUAAAGGGUUCUAUGGGCUGGAAGAUGAGAAGGGAACAGCUUGUGCUUCAACAAGGCGUCGUUCUACACCACGCACUUUAGCAGGCUUGACCACAGGCGUGUUUGAAUCCAUAAUGGUUCAGGUUCUGAGACAGGAAGAGCAACAGAGAGCAAAAGAAGAAAAGAGACAUCGAGAACAAGAAAGAAAAGAGGCAGAAGAAGCUAGUCACAAAGAAAUAGAAGAAUGGGAGAAAUCCCUCCUAGGUCAAGCAGCACCCACUCGGAUGGAAAACAUGUGGGAAAUUCCAGCAAUUGGUCACUUUCUUUGUUUAGCACAACAUAUUUUAAACUUGCCCGAAAUAGUCUUCUAUGAAUUAGAACGCUGCCUUCUAAUGCCACAGUGUAGUGCUUUUUUGUCUAAAAUAAUGACUUCUUUGUUAAGUCCACCUCAUCGGAGAUCUACCUUGCAUCGAAGGCCAACCCUUUCUUACAGAACUUGGGAAGCAGCACUUCGGCAAAAAAUACAACAGUGGUAUACAGCUGUGGGGCAAACUGACAAUCCUGAAAGCUGUGCAGAAAAACUUGGUCUUUGUCCUCAAUUUUUUAAAGUUCUUGGAGAAGUUAAUCCUUUGGACGAAAAACCAUUUCAUGAGCUCCCAUUUUGUCAAAAAGUGUGGCUGCUAAAAGGCCUUUGUGACUUUGUAUAUGAAACCCAAAAAGAUGUACAAGAUGCAGUACUUGGACAGCCUAUCCAUGAGUGCAGAGAAGUGAUUCUAGGUUAUGAUUACUUAGAAAAUGCCUAUGUUCAUUUCCCACAAUUCUGUGGUGCAGAUGUCCGGAUUUACAAACAGAGGCCUUUUCAUGCCCCAGAGUUUCCUGCUCCACCAAUCAAGAUAAAGAGAGUUCCACGCAUUAAACUGGAGAAAACAAAAUGUGAAUAUGCCAUCAGAAGCAAUGGGGAAGUUAGAUGCAGUGCUAAAGAAGAGCCACAAUCUCACAAUCUUUGCUCAGCAAAGAUCCAUUUAGACCAUUUUGGUGUUGCUCCAGAAAAAGAAAUGAAAUCCAAAUGUGAAGAGAAAAUUCAUAAGAGUUGUGACUUUACAACAGACUGUUAUAAAGAAAAUAGAGGGGAAGGCAUUGUUCUGGGAGAGAGUGCUGGCUUUGGGAGACCUCUCAGCCCAGGAGAAAUAAGGAUUGUGGAAAAUGGAGAAAAAUGUGGAGAACCUUCUGUAGUAAAGACUGAGCCUACUCCGUUGAAAGAAAACACUCUUAAAACCUGUCAGGUGCAUGUGAAUGGGAAUCACAGUGAUUAUCCAGAUAUGAAUUGCCACAAAGUUGCUCGAGAAAUGAAUUCAGUAGAAAAUAAAAAAACACUAAAGCUUAGUAAAAUGCGAGCGAAGAAGAAGAAAAAGAAAAAAAAGAAACUGAAAGAUAUUUUGAGUGAAAAUCUCCAGAGGAAGCGUGAGAUUCACCUUCACUCCCUGAAAUCUUAUAAACCUGAGAUCCAGAAUAAGUUGCUCAUGAUGAAAAAGAAAGUCAAGCACAAAAAGCACAAAUCUGGGAAGAAAUCCAUAUCUAAAAAAGUAGUUACCAAGAAGAGGAAAUCUGUUACGAAGCCAGCAGUCCCAGAAUUUCAGCUUAUUUGCACUAAUCUUGACGAACUCAGGGAAUUAAUUAGAAAAAUUGAGAAUGAACUCAAAGAUGUGGAAAACAUUAAAAAGAAAUCGGGAAGGUGGUAUCAUCGAAAACAAGCUGUAAAGGAGCUACACUGUACCCUGAUUCGACUGCUAAAUGAAUUGUUACCAUGGGAACCAAAAUUAAUGAAGGCUUUUCAAAGAAACAGGUCUCGAUUAAAAAAGGAUUAUGAUGACUUCAGAAGGCAGCCAGACUUUGACAGAUUUGUUAGAGAACAGUGGAUUAAUGAAGAUUGUGAAGUCUCCAGCACAUUAACCAGUGAGUCUUCAGAACACACUGAAUUUCUGAAAAGGGAUUACACUGAUGCAGGGGACACGAAACUAUCAGAAAUGGAUCUUGCAGAAAAGGUCAAGCCUUUAAAAAAAGAACUCUCUUGUAAAGAAACACAGAAGUCACUGCCUAAAUCUGUUAAGCGUCAGUCCAAGCAAAACAGUUACCUAGAUGAUAGCACAAAAGAGUUUUCACCAAGGAAGAAACUGAAAUUAAGCACAAGUGAUACUGCAGGCCAUGGCACAGAAAAUGAGCUGCCAGUUGAUGGUUGCCUGAAUAAACUAAAACAAAUAGAACCCCCAUUUUCCGAAUCAUUGGACACGUCAGACUCUGCAGCAUCAGUCUCAAGCAUAGCAAAAGGGACCAAACCUAUCCAGGCUUUGCUUGCUAAGAAUAUUGGGAACAAAGUGGCCUUAACCACUCAGCUGCUGCCCACUGCAGGUAGAAGCAUUGCUGCUUCUGAAAAGCUGAUUGUGUCAACUACUGGUUCUUCCUCAUUCAAUCCAGUAUUGCCCUGUCAGACCAGUUCUAAAAGCCCUUUACAAGUGUUGUACAAAAUGCCAGGUGGCCACUGCAUGCCAAUAGAUCUGCAUAACAAUUCAAUGAAAAUUCAAGUUCAGCCUGCAGUUGACUGUAAACCAGGAGAGAAAACUACAGGAGAGAAAGCCAUGCAGCAAGUUCUGAUUUUGCCUAAAAAUUUUCUCGUCCAUCACAGAGAAACUAAAGACAUGGCAAAUGAUAUCCUGUCGUUGCAGCACAAGACUACAGAUCAGCAAUGUAUCUCUCUUCCACAGCCAAUGGCUGUCUCCACUACUUUAGCAACUUCCCUUCCAGCGUCCUCUGUAAAUGCUGCUACUACAUUUCUGUCCAUCCCAGACUUCAAAAAAAAUGCUACACAUUUGUCUCCUGGGUCCAGUGCAGUAAAGAGACUUCCAGUGUUCCCCUCCGUAACCUCCACAGAUAGUGUACUGGAAUCGGUGGCAAAAAUGAGCCAAAGUGAGACUACUAAAACAAAAACUGUAGUUUCAGCUGCCUCAUUCCCUGUCACUUCACCCACUGCCUCAGCAAUUCAGUCUUCGACUGCACCUCUCCCACAAAAUGUUUCUGCAGGCACCAGCAAUUCCUCCCCAAGGUUAGCAUCACCACAAAAAAGCAGUGAUGUUGGUGAAGCUAAACAAGAACUGAAAACAGUUUGUAUCAGAGAUUCACAGUCUAUCCUUGUUCGGACGCGUGGUGGGAACACCGGAAUUGUUAAGGUACAGACCAAUGCAGACCAGUGUUCCCCUAGUAACUUAUCUCCAAGUUCUGUAUUCACUUAUACACCUCAGCUUCAGGCAUUUUUAGUGCCAAAAACCACACAAUUGACAACCUCUACUUUUUCAGCUGUAACAACAGCUGUGCCCAAUUUCCCAACAUUUGUCCAGUCCUCUCUAACAACUUCAGCUUCCAUUCCAACUCUUCCUGUUUCUGUAAAUCAGGUAAUUGGGAAAAACAUGGCAUGUGGAUUUGGGCAGUCUCAUAACAGUGACACUGGGGGCCAUGGAAUGCAAACAACAGUGCAUGUGUCCUCACCUACCUUCUUGUCUCCUGUGUCAUCAUCUAACAUGGUCAUGUCCACACCACCAAACAGUUCUGGAAAUGCAAUUAGCAUCCCUCCAGGAAAUACUGGGCACAGUACCUCUGGCACUACACAGACCCCUUUUAUUAAUCCACAACUUGAUGGAAAUAGUACACAAUAUCUUGCUACACAGCCUGAGACCACAGCCACAACCAAUGGAAAUACAACGAGUGGUGCUCAAAUUCCAAAACUUAUGUUGGUCACAAAUCCACCCCUUCUUUCUUCCUGUGGAACUGCAGGAGUCAACCUAAUCCCUACUCCAACAUCUACUGGCCUUAGUGCACAAAAACUGGUUUUUAUUAAUACUCCUCUUGCCAAUAUUCAGUCAAACACCAGUUUAUCUCAAAAAUCCUUUAAGCAAGCCUUCCCUCCCUCCAUGAGCAAAACAUACGUUAAAAGCACAGAGCAGCCUCAGUUAGUUCUCAUUCCUUCUACUGUGGGGGCAUCGUUAAAAGUAAAUACAUCACCAACUGUUUCUCAAAUUAAAGAUGUAAAAAUUGGUGUUAAUAUUGGUCAGGCCAUUAUAAAUAGCACAGGUAAUGCUCAGAAUGUUCCUCCAAUUAACAUUAUGCAGUCUGCAGCUCUGAAAGAUGUGGAGAACAAUAGUCAGAGUGUAAUUUUGCCUUUGUCAACUAGUGAUGGUUUGCUUCCACUAACUUCAAGUUUGAUGAGUCAGAGUUUUACAUCUGUCAGUGAGUCUCCGAGUGUUGCAGCACGAGCACUAAAUAUGUCUACAGCUGCAAACGCAUGUUUAGAUUCUGCUUUGAUGGCAUGGAGUGGAACUACUACUGGAACACGGUCUACUGUCUUGGUUAGAGGAACAGAUACUUCAACAAAAGUAACACCUGUUUCAGCUACUCGGCUGCGUACCUCUAAUGCUGGGAACACUGUGGCGGUGUCAACUGUGAAAAAAGGACACCUAGCCUCGUCUGUGCUGAUUUCAAGUACUCAGCCAACAGUGUCUCAUCCAAGUCUAUCGUCUGCUUUCCAGUUGCCAGUUACGGUUGCCUUGCCUGGCCCUGUAAAUGGUGCCCCUAAAAUGAUACAUACAGUUCCUCAGUUGCCAGCAGUUCCAACUGCUGCACAGCAUACAUCCCUUUCAAAAGGACAACAGUCUACACUGGUGCACUUUCAGCCUCCAGGAAUUUCAGCUACUGUGCCAACAAAUGGAAGUGCUCAAACAUCUCAAACUGUAUUCCCUCCUAAUGCACUGAAUGCAGGUAAAGUAAUCAGUCUUUCAAGCUUAGUUCCCUUGCCUUGCCCACCACUUCCUCCUAAUUUUGGAAAGCCAGCUCCUGCUCUCAGUUGUGCCCCAGUUUCCUCUACCAUUCAUACGGCUCCAGUUUCAUCUAUAGCAACAGGGCAGUUGAAUGAGGCUUGUGUGCAACAGAAAAUAAUAAUUAACACCUGUACACCUUUGGCACCUGGAACUCAAAUAAUGAUCAGUGGUACUCGGUUCAUUGUUCCACCUCAGGGACUUGGAGCUGGCAGCCAUGUUCUACUGAUCUCUACAAAUCCAAAACUUGGACCUCUUUUGACUGUUAGUAAUGGCCAUGGGUUUCAGGCAGUACCCCAUGCCCCCCCUGCUCCCCAGAAGAGUACACAGGCCUCAAAUAAUACAUUGAGUUGGCAACCAUCAAAACAACCUUUGAAAAGCUCUACCAAAAUUGUGAACUCUCUUGGGACUGCAAACACUCUGCCUAUUGUACAUGCAACACCACAGUUAGUAACCAGUUUUGCAAAACCAUGCACUCCACCUUCUGCAACUACCCUAUCCCCAUCUUUGGUUACAACCUCCUUACCUACUGCUAUGGCUAAAACAUCUUUGGUUUCUACAACUCUCACUGACAACUCACAGCUACAAGGUAGAACAUCUUUAUUGCAUCUAGACACAUCUAUCAAAAAACUGAUGGUCAGCCCAGAGGGAGCUAUUCUGAAUGCUAUAAAUACUCCAACAUCAAAAACGUCCUCUCUGCCUCCAUCCUUCUCUCCUGACAUAGUGUCCACAACCAGAAAUCCUGCUGUUGUCUUCCCCGAUUUUCUUAAAUCCAGCAUUGGUGUACCUGACACAGCUGCAUCUUGAAUUUAAAGAAAAUGAGCCAAGUCAAAAUGUUGAGGCAUUCUUUUGUGUAUGAAAGUAAUUUAUAAUUGUUAAAAGUUUCCUUAUGCUGUUUGAAAUAUACCAUUCAUGGGGGCUAGUGUACAUGAAAGCAAGGCAAGUAAUGAGCACUUCUCAAUUUGAGCAGGUGGUAGCUUUCAGAUAAAGGAUUGUUUUGCAUGCCACCCCACACAGAUCUGAAUCCAUUCAGGAUUCUGUACAUGGCAGCUUUAUCAUAUGGCCAGCUUUCCGUUGCAUGCUCAAAUGCAAAACUGCCACUGGCUGCCCAGGGUUUGUAGAUCCAAGAUUCGUUGAUUUUUGUUUGUUUGUUUUAUGUUAAAUUUCAGCUGCUUUCAGUUCUUUUUUUUUUUAAAAAGGCGAGGAAACUCCUCUAAAUACUUUUUCAGACUUGUUAUAAGGUUGUUUAAUAAAGUGGUUAGAAAAAAAACAUCUGUUAAGACAUGUUAUAAAAUGCAGCGUUUGAUUCUUGGUUAGCAAACUGACAGGGAUAUAUUUUUUCCCAACAAUUUAGACUUUUCCAUCUUGUUUAUAAACAAAUAUGAUACAGUUUAUUGCAAAAAUUUCCUUUGCAUUGAUUUUUUUUGUUUCUAAAAAAAUAAGCCUAUUUAUACAUUGUACAAAUGCAGCCUAUGGUGUAAAAUUGUACAUAUCCCUGACUCCCUAACAGUAUGUACUAAACUAUGUGUAAAAAGAACUACUCUGUCUUAUUUAUGUUUUGUUUACAUAAUGUAUAGUUUUUUAAGUAUUUUAGUAAUUUUGGACAAGUGUACCAUUUAGCAAUAAUGCAGAAGAAUCUGCAUGUAAUAAUAAACAAAGUUGCUGUAUUUCUGCUUUGAUAAUGCUAUGUCAGUGACUCUAUGGACAAGGAAUACUUAGCAACACAAAGUUAUCUAUGUGCAUUAAGAAAUUAAGACAUUAGAGUUUGCAAAAGGACUGUGGUCUUAAGCAUACUUAAUACAUUCCAUUAAAAGUAGUGUGAUUUUCUUCCAAGUAACUGUGCUUAAGGCUGUGGUUUUUCAGGCCUUCAUUUUCUUCUUGCAGCUCUUUGCAUCAUUUUUAAUUUUUCUAAUGCUUAUGAAAUUGUGGACUUCAUAUAUUCCACUAUUCGUUUUCCCAUUACCAUGGGAUGUUUAAAAAUGACUUUUAUUG